GUGGCACCAAACGUGGAUCUUUCUGUGGAUCUUUCUUGACAAUCAUCCACAACACCAAAGCAAGUCUUCGCCCUCACAAUCGCCAUAACCAAACCAAGAUGGAAGGAAAAGCUAAUCUCCUCAAACAGCUCUCGAAACAACCGUUCAUCGACCAUGACGAUGGGUCGAUCUUUUGGCACGGACGUUUGUAUGCGCGGCAGCUGUGCAAGAAACUAACUCCUCCCGAAACAACAUGGAAGUGUCCUGCAAGACCCAGGGACGACCAUGACGAUGGCCCCGCAUGGCUCACUGCUUCAGAGUAUCAAGAUCGCGAUGAUGUUCUUGAUAGCAAGCUUGAUGGGUUGGUUCAGCUCUUGAUGAUGUCGUCCAAGACGGUGGUCUACACGGGUGCCGGAAUCUCUAGGGCAGCUGGUAUCGGACAAGCGGCACGAGGCAAGUACGGGGGGUCAGGAAAGAACAAAACUACGACAGCCGUGCCAUCCACAACACACUACGCCUUGGCAGCACUCUUCCAGCAUUCACUAGUACAUUCCUGGGUUCAACAGAACCAUGAUGGAUUGCCACAAAAGGCAGGUUUUCCACAAGAACACAUCAACGAGGUUCACGGCUCUUGGUACGACCCAUCGAAUCCGGUUGUCGUGUACUCAGGCACCCUCAAGGAACGGGAAUGCGAGUGGAUGGUUCAUGAUGCAAAGACUGCAGAUCUGGUGCUUGUUCUCGGUACUUCUCUGGGUGGUCUCAAUGCGGAUCAAAUCGUGCACAGCACGGCACGACGCUCGUUGCGUCGCAAAUCAUUGGGGGCAGUGCUUAUUAAUUUGCAGCAGACGGAACAUGACGGAUCUGCGUCUAUCCGAUUGUUUGGAGAAUCAGACGAGAUUCUGACAAAGCUCUUGCAGAAACUGGACAUUGCGCUACCGGCAUCUCCACCGCCCUAUCCUGAAUUGCCCCGCCGAGUUUUGGUGCCCUACAAUGCCGACGGCAAACGCUCGGACACGGCUAAAAUGUGGCUCGAUCUCUCGACUGGUUCCGCUGUCAAGUUGGCCAAGGGACACAACAUUGCAGGCGCAGGACAGCCCGAUUAUGACCACCUGAACGACAUUGCCGAGCCCCAAGGCCAUGUUGGGCGAUGGGACCGCAAGACAGCGGCCAUUCGGCUGCGUAUCCGAGACACAGGUUUCUUGCUGGGCCAGUGGUGGAUUGAGGCAGCUCAGCGUGGUGGACCCCCGACUAUUCCAGUCGUCAAUAUUUUCCCCGAGUUUGAGAUGCACGAGUAAUAGGCAUGGGUGUGUUUGAACUAACGGAAGCUUCCUUUCUAGCUUUGAGUCAACCGGCGUCUUCUACUUUGGGGGGUAUCGUUGGCCCUAUCCUUCCCUGUUGCUGCCUGCCAAGGGCGUCCAAACUUUACAAAUCAGCUGCAGCAAGCAGUUGCUAGAAGAUAUAGCCUGACACAUUUAGCGUUUAAGGAAUUAUGAAAAGAAGUAAGCUGUCUGAAACUUUUAUGCGUGACCAUUUGUUGGUCUAUUAUUAAUGAAACUCAUUAAUCUUGU